AGUAGACCAAAGACCAAUUAGUAGCUUCUUCAGAGAGUUACAUCUGUCCAGUGUGAGGACAAGUUUAUGACUCACAACUAUUUCUUCCAGAUCAAGUGUACAAUCCUUCAGUUCUGUGACUUGUGAUACCACCACUGGAGCUUGGUGAUGCUGAUAACUGUGAUCCUUAUAAAGUUGUUAUCUGCAUAAGCCAGUUUCAUAGUGCCAUGUUCCAGAAACAGUUCAGCCAACAAACAGUCCCAUGAGUUCUUCAUUAACAUGCUUACAUGCUUCAUAGCAAUAACCCCCCUUUUCUUUCCUAUCCAUGUCUCCUAAUCCCUCAGUUACUUCUGCACCAAAAACUUCUCAGCCCCAGUUGUUUCCCUUUCCUUUUUUUCCUCUUAUUUCUUUGUCACCGAAGUCCUAAUAGAUUUGGUUUUUGGUGGGUUUGGGGGCAUUUUGGUAUGGAGGGCCUUAUGGGAACCUAGUGAAUUUGUCCAUUUUGUAUGACAGACCAUCUUUCUUUCUUUGGGCAGAAGUGAGAGGUUCCUCUUCUUCACUCCACAUCUAAUCCAGUCAUCUAAUGUAAAUGCAAUGCUUGAGGCUAGAGAUGGCACGGAGCCAACCAACCAGUUAGAAUAGAUUCUACCUUCUAACUUUUCUAGAACCUGCCCCUGCUCUCUUCCACACUAUCACAGCCCUAGUUUAGGAUUAGGAUGCCUUCAAGUCUUAUAAGAAUUUCUUCAAUUCUCCUUUUAGGUCUUAGAGUUUUGCCACUUUAUAUUACAGCUAAACAUAGAUCUUUCUAAAAUUGUUCUAGAAGUCAGAUCUGAGCACUUCUCAGCUUAGAGUAUUUAUGGUUUUCCAGCUGUCCUCAAGUCAAUCCAAGCCCCUAUUCCUAGCAUGUGAGCCCUCCCUGGGUGGCUCUGUGACCCUCUAGCUUCAUCCAUUUUUACAAACACCUUAACUAUAGGUAGUUCCCCACCAUGCCCCCCUCUGAGCCUUUGCUCAGGCUGUGCUGUCUGCUGGGGAUGCCUUUUCUUCUUCAACUACCUGACAGAUACCCACAUAUCUUUGAGAACUCGACUUAAGCAUCACUACUCGAGGGAACCUUCUGACUCCCUCCCUCCAAUGAGUGCUCCCUUCUUUGUGCAUCUCUAUUCCCCUGAUGGACUUUCACCUGCAAAAUCCCUGCAUCCAUUCCAUCUUCUUCCCACCUAGGCUGGGCUCUGGUUGUGACUGGGUUCCUAUCUAUCACUGGCAGGCUGUACUGGGCUGGGUCCACCACAAACCCCAGUAAAUGUUGAAGGAAUGAAAGUACUCUCGGGGCCGUCACACUCUGUAGGGAGACCUGGUGCAUUGAGUUAGAUGAACUUGCAUUAAACUACAAACACUCCAAGAGCUGUGUGCUCAUGGGCAAGUCAUUGGAAUUCUGAACCUCAAUUUCCUUAGCUCUGUCUACCUCUCAGUAUUCUGUGAAGUAACACGUGAGGUGCCUGGUAUAGUGCCUGGCUUACUAUAAGGGGUCAAAUAUAUAUCACUCUGACAGCCAAGAAGCAGAGAAGGAAAAGGUGUCCAGUUAGUGAGCAGGAGGUCAGGAGUGGGAUGUAAGGGGGUAGGAAUACAAACCUCUGAGACCCCAGUGUGCUUGGGUUUCUAAAACUGUGCUGGUCACCUGCUCUGUUGUGAGCAAAGUCAAGUUAGGGGAUGGGAGUGAGGGUGACAGAUCACAGGUGCCAAGGCCAAGCCAAUCCCUGCUGCUGGAAUGGACCAGCACCCAGUGACAUCACAAUCCUGAGUAGUUGCUCUGGCACUGCUGGAGGGGGACCCUCAUUUCUCUCCACGGAGCUCUAGGAUGUGGGUGUGAGAAAGGUGAGGAAGGAAGGCAGAUGGCGACAAGGAACAGCCUGAGCUCCAUACCCACGGGCAAGGCUCAUGGUGACACUGGAGAGGCAGGAACGCUGUCAGCUCCUGAUGCUGGCAUUCGGGACACAAAUUCAGCCAAUCAGCUGAAGAUGAAGCCCAAGAAUGUGCACAAGAUUAAGGCGCUUAUUGUCGACCUGGGCUCGCAGUACUGUAAGUGUGGCUAUGCAGGAGAGCCAAGGCCCACCUACUUCAUCUCCUCCACGGUGGGCAAGCCCUACGAGGCAGCUGAUGUGGGUGAUGCCUGCAAGGAGAUCUAUGUGGGCCACGAGCUGCUCAACAUUGAGGCACCCCUGAAGCUGGUUAACCCUCUAAAACACGGCAUUGUGGUGGACUGGGACUGUGUCCAGAACAUCUGGGAGUACAUCUUCCACAAGGCGAUGAAGAUCCUCCCCGAGGAGCAUGCCGUGCUGGUCUCCGACCCCCCACUUAGCCCCAGCAGCAACAGGGAGAAGUAUGCGGAGCUCCUGUUUGAGACCUUUGGCAUCCCCGCCAUGCACGUGACGUCCCAGUCACUGCUCUCCAUCUAUUCCUACGGCAAGACCACAGGGCUGGUGGUGGAGAGCGGGCACGGUGUCUCGCAUGUGGUCCCCAUCUCAGAAGGCAACGUGCUGCCAGGCCUGACUGGCCGGGUUGACUAUGCGGGGAGCGACCUCACUAACUACCUGCUGCAGCUGCUCAUCAAGGCCGGCCACAGUUUCACCAAGGACGACCACCUGCAUGUACUUGACCACAUCAAGAAGAUGUGCUGCUACUCGGCUUUCCAGCCUGAGGAGGAGCUUGGCCUGGACCUGGAGGAGCUGCGCGUGGACUACGAGCUCCCAGAUGGCAAGGUCAUCACCAUUGGCCAUGAGCGCUUCCAGUGCGCCGAGAUGCUCUUCAAGCCCACCCUGGUGGGAAGCAGCCAGCCCGGCCUCCCUGCACUCACAGCCACUUGCCUGGGCCACUGCCAGGAGGCGGGCUUCAAGGAGGAGAUGGCCGCAAACGUGCUGCUGUGUGGUGGCUGCACCAUGCUGGAGGGCUUCCCUGAGCGCUUCCAGAGGGAGCUGAGCCUCUUGUGCCCUCGGGACAGCCCCGCAGUGGCUGCAGCUUCCGAGAGGAAGACCUCCGUGUGGACCGGUGGCUCCAUCCUGGCCUCCCUACAGGCCUUCCAGCAGCUCUGGGUCAGCAAGGAAGAGUUUGAGGAGAAGGGCAGUACAGCUAUCCACACCAAGUGCUGAGCGUGAGCUGACAGGCCAGGCCUCGUGGGCAGGCGAACUCAGGCACACUCUACAUUUACAGAAUUUCACAUAAAAUUUUAACACAAUGG